CGUCACCCGAACAGCUUUGCUCCAAUUCCGCAAUCCUCAAGAUCCCGCAGACUCCAGUCUGAACCACACCUCACAAUGUCCGCUCCCCUCUUCUGGUCAACGCCCCUCAAGUACUGCAGCUGGGCAGCCCGCGAGCGUCCCGCCUUCUUCUGGUCCGUCGUCGUCGGAGCCGCCGGUCCUAUCCUGAUUCCCAUCGUUCCUCCCAUCCGCCACAUGCUCGGCGAUGUCGACCCUGCGCCGAUUCCCGUGACUUAUCCCGUCCCCGCCGGCCCUCGCAAACAAGUAACAGGCUACGACGACUAAACACGCUACCAAACAAAAGAAGACACAAAAAAAUAUCGAACUCCCAAGUCAUAAAAAGAAAGAAAAGAGCUGGGAAUCGCAAAUAAAGGGGGAAUUGAUUCCUGUACAUACUCACCAAACUACGGCGUUAAUCCAAACAAAUGUAAAGAAACAAGACAUGAGAGGAUGCUCUAAAGUCAGUGGCAGGGCAGGAGAUGAUAAAACUCUAAAAUUCAACAAAAUUACAAACGCUCUCUUUUCUGUUUUGCUUUUUUUUUAUAAACCUGGUACCCAUCCAAAGCUUCCUAUUUUCUUUGUUCUUCUUCUUCUCCUCCUCUCCACUAAGCAUAUAAUUGUCCAACUUUUAAAAGCACACGCCCCUUUUUUUGUAAUAAUCUAUGGUUUACGCUGGCUUCCUGCUUGCUACGCUCACAAAACCCACUGACACAUAAAAAAAACACACAAUCAAAUCUUCUCCCCCUCUUUUUCCCUUCUAAAAAACAACAUUUGCUACUCCAGACAAAUCAUUCCUCGAUUCAUCCCUAUCGCGAGAUGGUGCGAUACGUAUUCCUCACAGAUGUUCGGCGGGGCAAACUCAGGCUCUACCUGUCUCUACUACCCGCGAAAUUCCACUCAUACACUCGCCCAUCAUCAUCCCCGGUGUAGAGACACGUUGGCAUCGGGCUAAUACAAGUGAUUCCCGCCAUCGUAUUCUCCCCCUUUUCGCUAUUAUAAUCGGUAUGAUCCAGGCGCCGCAACAGCUCCAGAGUCCACUUCCCCCUUGCCAUGCUCUUGCGCCACACAUUGACAAUGCCUCCGCGAUGUCCCGUAAAGACGAGGUAAUUCUCAAGCCACUCGUUCCCUGCGCCUUCGUAAAAAGCGCAGGAAUGGACGUAAUCUUCGGAAUCUGAGCAUACAUUCUGUUCCAAAAUGAGGGCGCCGUUUAGGGAGUAGAGGAUCACGUUGGGU